AUGUCUGCAAACGAGCACAAACCUUACAACGUUCCAGCCCAAGAAACAGAACGGGUUCACAGCAACCAUAUCAAUGGCAGCACCGAAGAGAAACUUGCUAGGCAGUGCAUCGUUGAACUCUGCAAAGGUUGGCCAGUUUACAGAGACUUUUCCGAAUGGCACAAUUACCGCAGUCUUUUUACCAGCGAGGGCGCUUACGUCUGGACUACUUGGUCCGGCGGUCUCCCAAUUGAUGAAUUCAUAGAUGUUUCUAUCAAAGGCCGCGACAAUGGCGACUUUAUCGCGCAUCGGGAGAAUGGUACACUCGCCAAUGUCAACCUCAGCAAAGGUCGAGGCGUGGGGAAAAUGAAAGCUACAAUCACGCAGCGAUUCACCCUUCAGGGGAUUCCUAUCGACAUUGACUGUGACUGCCGCUUCAUCUUCUUCUGCAAGUUGGAGAAAGAUGAGUGGAAGGCACAAUACGUCAAAUUGUUCUACGAGAAGGACAGGGUCGUUCCGGUAGAUGGCAAAAGUGUACCCGAGUUCCCCAAAGAAGAACUUGCAAAGUACACACCCGGCUAUCAGUAUCUGGCCGUAGCGCAACAUUCGCUGGGCCACCCAAUUUUGAACGACCUACCUAACGCAGAAAAUGAGGGUUUCUUCGACAUGUACAAGGCUAUGGCAGACUGGAUUGAGGGUAAAGAUAUUAAUUUGUUCUGGGAGAAAAAGUGA